CAAUAAGGUACAUGAAGACAUUAUAGCAUUCUGAAUUGCAGCAAAUUUCACAAGAUGGAUCUAUUAUUGAAGCACAGUCCUCUGUGCUGACGAUAGCUGACAGCUGUACAGGUUCCCAGUCACCUCCAUUCGCUGUCAAUGACUAACAGCUAUGAUGUUAUAUGCAGUCUUAUCGCUGGGGUUCAGUGUGAGGGCUAUACUGGGGGACGAACCUGUAGCCUACCAGGUUUUCAGAAAGCCAGGAGACAUCAUGAUCGGAGGCUUGUUUCCCUUCCACACCACCGUUAACGGCUUGGAUAAUUAUUGGAAACCGGAACCACUGACAUGUUUAAGCUUAAACCCUACAGGUUUUCUCCAGGCUAUAGCAAUGAAAUUUACCCUGGAAGAAAUCAACAACAGCACUACCCUCCUUCCAGGAUGGACUCUGGGCUACGAGAUCUACGACACAUGUGUUAAUACACUGGUUGCGCUACACCCAGUCCUGCUCCUCUUAACCAAAAAUGGCACAGAACACAUGGAAAUGAAAUGUAACCUUACAUACUACAGAACCAGAGUCAUUGCUGUGAUUGGACCUUCAUCCAACGAGGUGGCCACUGUCAUCAUGAAGCUCUUCAGUGCUUUCCUUAUGCCUCAAAUCAGUUAUUCUGUAACCUCUGAUGUAUUUAGCGAUAAAAGCACCUACCCUGCCUUCUUCCGAACCGUGCCAAGCGACAGUAAGCAAGUUAAUGGAAUGGUUGACUUGAUGACACAGUUCAAGUGGAACUGGAUAGCUGCUGUGGCCAGUGAGGAUGAUUAUGGCGUUUCCGCUUUACAGCAGUUCUCAUCUUCUGCCAUGGGUAAAGGCAUCUGUGUUGCCUAUGAAGGUCUAAUCCCAGAGAUCACCUCAAGCUCUGACACAAGCACAGUCAUUGAGGACAUAUUGGACAAAAUAGAUCAGGCUGAUGUCAAUGUCGUGCUUGUGUUUUCUUCCCUAACCCAAUCCAUAGCCCUUUUCAAAGAAGUCAUUAUGCGUAACAUGACAAAAGUAUGGAUAGGAAGUGCCUCCUGGGUGCUCUCAGAAGCUAUUUUCUCUUUGCCAGGCAUUGAACGCGUUGGCACAGUGAUAGGAUUCUUCCCAAAUGGCAACUAUGUUUUUGGAUUCGAGGAAUUUUUAAAAAACGCCAUCUCACAAAUAUACCCAUCACAGUCUGCCCUCGAGUCUUUAUCCUUGGGGACCAGUGAAGGUUAUCAAAGUAUUGAUCUCAACCCAAAUAUAAUCAGCAGUAUAUUAAACCCGCUGACUGCUUUGUAUGCACAUAGUGUAUACACUGCUGUGUACGCAGUGGCUUAUGCAUUGCACAGUCUUCUUAACUGUACCUCCAAAAAUUGCAACAACCAAGAUUCCACCCUAUAUCCUUGGAAGUUGCUUGAUGAAGUGAAGAAAGUGAAUUUCUCCAUCUUUAACACAUCGUUCAGGUUUGACAGUAAUGGAAAUCCCAACACAGGGUAUGAUAUUGUUACUCACAGCUUGUCUAAGAUGGGCUUCAUCACAAUCGGAUCUUACGAUACUAAACUGAAGUUGAAUAGUUCUCUCAUUAACUGGGGAACCAAAGAAAACCAGGUUCCAGUAUCUCAGUGUUCUGGUGACUGCUUACCUGGUCAGAUUAAGAGAGUGAAAGGAACACAUUCAUGCUGUUUUGACUGUAUUGAUUGUCAGGAGGGAUUAUUUCAGUCUUCAGGGGAUGACUUCCAGUGUCAAUCUUGUCCAGCGGGUCAGUGGUCCAGUGUACGGAGCACCAGCUGCAGCUACCCUACCUACCUGUAUCUACAGUGGAGUGACACAUCUGUCAUUUGGCUUCUGCUCCUUUCCUUUGUCCUGCUCUGUUUUGUCCUGGGAACGCUCAUUCUGUUUUUCAAACACAGACAUUCUCCACUUGUUCAGGCCUCUGGUGGCUGCAUGUGCUUCAUUGCUCUUACUUCUCUAGUCGCCGUUCUAUCUAGCAUGGUCCUUUUCAUAGGAAAGCCAGCGCAUGUGGUGUGCCUAUUGCAGCAGCCAUUCCUGGCUAUGAGCCUCACUUGCUGUCUGUCAACAUUCUCCAUCAAGGCCGUCCAAGUCAUGUUGGUGACGGACUUUAAAGACGUUCCCACUAAAUUUAUCCAGUGGUCAAAGACCACAGGGACUUGGGUUUCUUUUCUCUCCGGCAUCCUAAUUCAGGGUUUGUUCUGCACUUGGCAUAUUGUAAGCACAGUCAAUUCACCUGAAAACAAUGAGGUCACUUUCCUCUAUAAAUAUCUCAAGUGUGAAAUCCCCAAUAUCCUUGCUUUCUUCUUGAUGUUUGGCUACAAUGGAUCACUAGCUCUUAUAUCCUUCAUGUUAAAUUGUGUAGCACAGGCUCCACCUGGCCAAUAUAACCUGGCCAGAGAUAUCACGUUCUCAACAUUGUCCUAUUUGCUGAUAUGGAUCGUUUUUGUUCCCGCUUAUGCUGAAGUUACAGAUGGUAGCCAAUCUUUGUUGCAAAUGGCAGUCACUAUUAUCAGUUCCUUUGGUAUAAUGCUGGGUUAUUUUGCUCCAAAAUGCUAUAUUCUUUUGUUUAACCCUCAGAUGGCAUCAGAGGAGUAUUUCAAAAUAUAUAAUAACUAG